UGCUAUUCGGCGACCGGUGAGACAAGGACAGAAACACACUCCAUUGGGUCGGGAUAAAAACCGCUACUACUUCUUCUUCUCUUUCUUUUACUACCACUACUACUACUACUACUACUACUAUCAUCCAGCAGCUUCAAAACGGCAUCGCGCUGCGCGGAAGGUUGAACAGAAGAACCACCAGGCCCGAGUUCGGUAGGGAGGUCCCGGUCCUCCAACCAGAAGAAGCGAAGACCUUUAGCGCUACACUACGACCUACCGUCUUCGGUCUACUAUUCGGGCUACCAAGUACCAACCAACCGGACGGUUUCAGUCGACGCCGCGCACCCAAACGGUCCAGACCUGUCAGGCCUUUUGGCUUCACGCAGCUUCCAAAAAAAAAAAAAACCGUGCUUCGAAUUAAUUGGAUUAAUUCAUCGGAAAACAUUUUUUUUUUUAAUUAAAUACAAAUUCGUGUGAUUCUAUCAGUUUUGUCAAAAUUCAUCAAAAGUGUUUCUUCAUCAUUCCAAUUAUUCGUAGCUUGCCGUGUGUGUGAUCAAAGUGCGAUCCAUCGUUGGCAAUACCAAGUCAGUGUGAUCUCACUCCCGGGAGCCAGCAGCCAACCAGUCAGCGUGACAAGAAGCGAGGGAGGAGAGAGAGAGAGAGAGGACUGACUAGGGGCCAAAAAGAAAGAAAAAAAAAAAAGAGAGAAAGAAAGAGAGAGAGAGAGAGUUUUGCCCAAAAGAGAGACUGCGAGGCCACUGAAGAAAAGAGGGAGAGACUUGAAGCGAUAGAGAGAAAGAGAGAGAGAAACAGAGUAUAUAGUCUCAACGAGGGAGCGGUGGGAAUUUAUAAGGAUGUUCGCGAUAAUGCCAAUGGAGACAGAGGGGCACGGCAGGGAGUUCGGCCGGCGGCAGAAGAUGCGAGCCAAGUGCACCGUCGAGUUCGUUUGCAAGUAUUGCCAGCGACGUUUCACCAAGCCCUAUAACCUGAUGAUCCACGAACGCAGUCACAAGGACGACGUGACCUUCACCUGCGAGGUCUGCGGCAAGUCCUUCAAGCGACAGGACAACCUCAAACAACACAGAAGUAUACACUCCGUUCCCUACAAGGGCUCCAACGGCUACUCCAAUGGCUAUUCGAAUGGCUACUCUAGGUACUAGAAGCCAUCCAGCCAUUCCAACAACUCCGUAGAUUUGUUUUUUUUUUUUUUAAAUAUGUAGAUUUUUAAUUUUCCAAUUCCUUCCCCUUCGAAUUUCCCUUUUUCCUAUAAAAAAAAAAAAAAAUAAAAGAAAAAUCCUUUUUUUAGUCAGACGCACAACAACUCCAUUGGAAUAAUCUAUAAAUGAUCCUUCCAGCGCUCUCACUAGUCCGGCAGUCUUUCAUUUCCUUUUUUUCAUCCUUGAAUCAUCCUUGAAUCAUUCUUGAAUCAUUCUUGAAUAAUUCAUUUCCUUUCAUCUUGAAUCAUUAUUUCCGAUAAAUUAUAUCUCCAUCCGAUUCAUUAAUUUUGAAUCUUCUUUAAAUUAUCCUGAUUUUUGUGACAUCCUUUAUGUGUUAGAAUUAUCUCUAUUCAUCAAAAAAGUCAUUUUGAUUCCAUAUUCCUUGAAAACCUAUCCUCCGCUUCGUAUAAUUUUUUUUUUUUUUUUUUUUUUUUUUUGAAAUCUAUAAUGCCGACCCUCCCGGAAAUCGAUGCAACGAGGUACAACGCUCCAAGGAAGUCUUGCAGUAUAUCCAAAAAGUCUGCAUUCAUCAUCUGUUACGAGCAAUCCAAUUGGAGGAUGUAAGAAAAUUAAAGAAAAAGAAAAAUGCUUUGAAUUUUGUAUAAAUAUUAUUUAUGUGCAAUUGUAUUUCUUGUAUUUGUAAUUUUUUUUUUUUUUUUAAUUAUAAUUUAUUUGCCAAAAAAAAAAUUUUUAUGCCACAAAGCUUGCGAAAUUGAUGAGGAAAAAAGAGAGAACCGGUUGUAGAUUAUUAAUUGUUUAAAAUUCAACUCAUUUUGGGUUCAGGUUUUUUUUUCUGUUUAGUGUAAUUAGUGGAAUUAAUAGGGUAAAAUUAUUAUCUGUUUUGAAAAGCUGUUGAUGAGGAACUGAAAAAAAAGGAAGAAGAAAAAAGAGACAAAAAGGCAGUAAAGAGUUUGUUGAAGAAAAGGUUAUACAAAACAAAAGAUUCGAAGAAGUCUCCUAAAAGAUAUAUUCAAUUCGUACGUUAAAAUUAUCAUCUAAGGAUUUGAAAAUCUAAUGAUGAGGAACGUUUUUUAAAGAAAGGAGACAAAAAGAAGAAACAAAAUACAGUAGAAAGUUUGUUCAAGAAAAGGAAAUAUAUACAGCACAUGAUUAGAAGAAGUCUCCUAAAACUUAAUCCGUACGUUAAAAUCCAUCAUCUGUAGGAAUUUUGUAGACCUAAUGAUAAAGGGUUACUUUUCUAGAAAAUUGUUCAGAACCUACGUGAAACAAAGAAGAAGAAGAAGAAGAAAAAGAAGAAGAAAAGGUAACAGAACGUUGGACUAGUGAAGAAAUAUAACAAAAGAUUAGAAGAAGUCUUCUAAAACUUAAGAUUCAUUUCGUACCGAAAAAUUGUUAUCAUUUAAUGAUUUGAAAAUCUAUUGAUGAAGAACUGCUUUUUCUUGUAGAAAGGAAGGAGAUAGAGACAAAGAAGAAGAAAAAGAAAAGGACAGUAAAAAGUUUGUUCAAGAUAAAGAAAUGUAAUACAAGAUUAGAAGAAGUCUCCUAAAAUAUAAGAUGCAAUUGAUAUACGUUAAAAUCAUCAAAUGAUUUGAAAACAUGUUGAUGAAGAACUGCCUUUUCUUGAAGAAAGGAAGGAGAAAGAGAUUAAGAAGAAGAAGAAGAAAGGCAGUAGAGAGUUUGUUCAAGAAAAAGAAAUACAUACAACACAUUAGAAGAAGUCUCCUAAAACUUAAGACACAAUCCGUACGUUAAAAUCAUCAUCUGUAGGAAUUUUGUAAACCUAAUGAUAAAGGGUUACUUUUUCUAGAAAAUUGUUCAGAACCUACGUGAAGCAAAGACGAUGAAGAAAAGUAAACAGAACGUUGAACAGGAACAUUCCUAAAAAUUAAAAUCCAGUACUCCCAAUAACAUCAGCUAAUAAUUUUGUAACCUAUUUAGUACACCUAUUAUUUAGUAUUCUAUUUAGUAUACUAUUUGGCAAACUAGUAUACAAUUUAGCAAACUAGUAUACUAUUUAGUUUAUAUAUACUACAUUCGUAAAAUAAUUAAGAAAUCUAAAAAACAAUCAUCAUUUCGCAAACAAAAGAUGCAAUUUCAAUAAAAUACAUCCUUAAAAGAAACAGCGAAGUAAUCUUUUGAAUUAUAGUCAAAAGACUAUUCUUUCUCCAAGUCUCAUAUCCAUUGGAGAAACAAGCAAAUAUUAAGGACGUAUUUACCUCGAGGCUCAUGCGUCCAAAAUUGGACUACAUAAUAAUGGUCGAGAGAGAGAGAGAGAGAGAGAGAAAAAAAAGGAAAGAGAUGGUGAAGAUGCUACCAAAGUUUAGUGAUGUUAAGCUACCGUGGACCACGCCCAAUCCUCAGGCGACAUGUUCUCUUUCUUAAACCACAUAAUCUAUAACGGAAGCCACAAACGGAAAAUAAAAAAGAAUUAUUUUUUUUCUUUUUUUGAAAAAUCAUUUUUUUUAUUAACCUUGUGAAGGAAAACGAGAAAGUCGAAACAAAUACAUCGUUCGCAUAUAAAACGCACUUUGGCAUAUAUGUCUCUUUGGCUUCUCAGUGGAUAAACAUAUGCGAAGCAUGAAUGUCACUUCAAUUUCGACCGCUCUCAAUAAUUUGACGAGCACUAGGAUCGGCGUAGACAUCGAGCUCGAUCAAGCGGAAUGGCACAAAUAAUUAAUUGCAUUUAUAAAGCACCAAGAAAUGACCACGUCCGAUCAUGUUCGCGGUGGGUCCACACACACAUACUUUUGUGACAUUAUUUAUUUUUUAUUUUUUUUUUUUUUAAAUAACCGAUUAUUUCAUCAAUCCACCCGGUUCUCUCUGACCUCUUCGAAAACUCUAAUAUCUGGAUAAAUUUUUUUUUUUUUUUUAAAUUAACGGCCCUCCCACUGUCACGGAGAAAGUGAACAAGAAUCGAAAUGCAGAACCGGUUUUUUUUAACCCUUAGUACUCGAUUAGGUAUAAUUUUAUUUUUUUGUCCUUCAUAAAAGUGAAUGUAAAAUAUUGACAAUUUGUACGUAUAUAAUGCAAUAUCGAUUAAUUAUCAAUAAUCAAAUUUUUUUCUUCUAAAUACCCGAGUAAAAUAAUCUGCGCACAGAUUUUGUCGCCAGUUUUUAUUUGGUUUGCAUAGAAAAAAAAAACCUGAGCUCAAAAAUGAUUAAUUAAUUUUUUAAACGCAUGAAAAAUUGUGCCUCGUAGGUGUCGCCACGUUCUAUUUUAGAAUUCAUUCAUUUUGAACUACAAAAAAAAAUUAAUGAGUUCAGAAUUUUUUUUUCUGUGAUUUUUACAAGAAAAAUCCUUUAUAAUAUAUUGAGAAUAUUCUUUGCCCGGUGAUAUUUGAAUUUUUGAAUUUCUCAAUAUUUUGAAAAAAGAAAAUUAUUUUAGUUUAUAAAACAAAAAUUCCAGUGAUGAUAAUUUUUGAUAUUGCAUCAAUAUUUUCAGAUUUUUACAAAGUAAAUGACCAUAAAUUAGAGAUUAUUUAUUUUUCCAUUCUCGGCGAUUUGAUAAUUUUCGAGUUUUGUUUCCUUCCUUUUUUUUUUUUUAACCAAAAUAUUUAUGUAUACAAAAAAAGUGUGCCAAAUUUAAAUUUUUCGUCGAUUCAAAAAUUUUGCUCUUUUCAAUUCGAAUAAAUGUUUUUAAUAGAAAAAAAAAUUGUCUCUUGAAAAAUAAUAGAAAUGCAUAUUUUUGAAAAAUGAAAAUUUUCAAUUUGGCGGGAAAAUGUAUUUAAUUUAUAUAUAUAUAUAAAAAAAAUGAAAAAGCAGCUAUGGCGCCUCGAAUAUAUCGAGAUAGAAGCUUAUCAGUUCGCUUAUUUUGUUCGUAACGCGCUUUUUUUUUGGAUAUCUGCAUUAUUUGAUAGCAAAAAAAAAAAAAAAAAAAAAAAUGUGAAUAUCAAAUUUUUCUUUUCCCCUCGUCAUAAAUAAUUAAGAAAAGAAAAGAAAAUUGUUUAUAUUAUUUGAAAAGUCGCUUUCUUUCUUUUUUUUAAAAAAGAAAUAUUUAAAAAAAAAUAAUAACUUCCAAAACAAUGAGACUGCAGUCGCGCGCUUUGUACAUAGCUUAAUAAUGUAUUACAAUAUGUGUUUUUAAUAUUAUUAUAUUGAUAAUUAUAAUAAUUAUUAUAUUAUAAAUAUUACGAGCACUACGAAUAUAUAUUAUAUAUUAUUAUAUAUUAUUUUUAUUAUAAUUAUUAUUAUUUUAUAAAAUAAUAGGAAUUAGUCAUUUUUUUUAGCACUCAAUAUAUAUAAUAUACAUAUAUAUUAUAUAUUUAGGGAGUCUUAACUCAGUCAUACGAGUUGAUUUAUCCUUUCACAGUACCUAGUACUAUAAUGGAGUGAUAAUAAUUUUAUUUGAUUAUAAAAAAAAAAUUGUAUGUCGAUUUUCAUAUAUACAGUGAAAUUUAUUUGAUUCAAAUAAUCCAUUAUUUUACAUAAAUAAAUAUUUUCUCGAAUCAAAUAAUUUUUAAGUCAAUUAAAAUUGGGUAAAUUAAAUUUUUGUUUAAAUUAGAGAAAUUAUUCAUAACUAUCAGAUUCAAUUAUUUGAUUUCAAAAAAAAAAUUUUUUUUUGCAAGUAAAUAUUUAUUUCAAUCAAGUAAUCGAUUAUUUGAAUUCAAAUAAAUUUUUUUUAGUGUAUAUAUGAAUGAAUAAUAAUUGAGAAUUGAGUGCACGUGUAGUAUGAUGAUAUUUUGUUAAUCUUUCAAAAAGAAAAUGACAAAUGUCCGCGUGCGUUUUUGGUCAGUCAUUAUAUAAUUAUGUGUAUUUACGAUCGUAUUCAUCGAUCCUGUCAAUAAAUUUUCCAAGUCGAACAAAA